AUGCGGUCUGCUCUUCUCACCCUUUUGUGCUGCUCUGUUGUCACUGCGCUCACUGGAGAAGAAGCUCUAGAAAAGUGGGGUGGACCGAGGGGUGGGGAUAAGGUCUCCUACGGGGGCAACAAUAUUGGCAAUGGAGAUGGUGGUGGGAUUGCCAUUGACACUGGGGGUGGUGAUAUUGGAGACAUUGGGGUUGGGGUUGGGGGUGGAGGGGGUGGUGGUGGUUGCGACUCGGCCGCUUGUGACGCCAGGGCGAUUGUGACCUUCCUUCUUCCUUUUGUAACGGGCAAUGUUGCGCGUCCGGCCUGA